GGCAUUGGUGUGGGGCGGUGCUGUGUGAUUCUGUCCUAGGGUCCCAGGCUUUACGUUGGCCCCAUCUCGCUUGUGAGCAUAUGAGUAGGUAGUCGGUCCUCGGUGAGCUCGGUGCAGAUUUUUCAAUAUGUCUGAAAAUGAGUUGGCGAAGAAGCCCAAUAAUGCUGCUUUAAGAGAAUUCUACCAAGUAAAAACGUCCAGAGAAAUGUCUGAAAAUGACCUAUAUGAUUUAAAUUCACCUCAUUUUAAUCCUGACAUGUAUCUUCAUCAGUUAUUAAGGGAAUCUUCUUUAACCGAGCUGAUGGACACUGAAGCAAAUGUCUACAAGCAGAUACAGUCUCUUGACAGCGACAUGCAAACACUGGUCUAUGAAAACUACAACAAGUUCAUAUCAGCCACAGAUACCAUCAGAAAGAUGAAGGUGGACUUCAAGAAGAUGGAGGAUGAGAUGGAACUGCUUGCUGAGAACAUGAAGCAUAUCACUGCCUUUUCCGGCACAGUGUCUGAUACACUGCAGGAUCGGCGGGACGAAAUGAACAAGCUGGCUAGCACUCACGUCAUGCUGAAGAAGUUACAGUUUCUGUUCGAACUACCCUCGCAGCUGAGGGAUGCCAUUCAGAAGGAGAACUACAGACAGGCAGUGGAGUACUACCUGCAGUCGCAGCGCGUGCUAGACCAGUACGAACCGGCCCCCGACACGCCCAGUCUGCACGGACUGCGCGCCGAGUCGGCUGAUAGCAUCGUCCAGCUGGUCCAGGCCCUGCAUCAGCGGCUCCAGGACGACCAGGCGAGCACUGAACAGCUGAGCGAGGCUGUCCAGCUGCUGCUGCAGCUCGAGCAGCCGGCCGACGCGCUCUGCCAGCGCGUCAUCGCGCAUGCGCAGAGCAGACUGGUUGCCGACCUGGCGCAGCUGACCGGCCAGCUGGAGCUGCUGCGGGUGGCCGGCCGGGGCGACCCGCCCGCCGAUGCCAAGCUUCCCAUGGAUAUUCUCGAGUUCGUCGACGUGGGCUGCAGCACCUUUCUCAGCAAUCUCAGCCUGUUCGUGACUUCAUACAGGGACUUAUUCAUGAGCCAAGAAGACAGCUGGCCGGCGGCGGCCGACCGCCUGUCCGAGUUCGUGUCGGCCCAGGUGUCGGCACUGCUGGCGGUGGCCGACGCGCGCCUCCAGCUGGAGGAGGCUGACUCCAGCCCGGCCGUCAUGGCGCGCGCGCUCGACCGGCUCUACCGCCGCCUGCAGGGCAGCGCCACACUGCUGCCCGACGGCGACCACUUCGUCAGUGCUGGCAUGCAGCUGAUCUGGACGGCCGUGGAGCGCAAGUGCCGCCAGUCGCUGUCGCUGCUGGAGGCACACCUGCAGCAGUGCGUGGACGCCGUGCGGCAGGCGCUGGUGGUAUCAGCGCCGGCGCCCGGCGGCCCGGAGCCGGCGCCGCUCGCCCACCAGCUGACUACCUUCGUCGGUUCGCUGGCGGAGCGGGUCCGCACGCUGGUGGCCGCGUUGCAGGCAUUUAUCCAGCCGGAGCUGUCGUUCGCGUCGUUGGCCGGUCGGCGCCAGCUCUUCUGCCGGCAGCACGUGCGCGAGGGCGUGCUGGUCGGUUUCUUCCGCCACUUCGUCUCCAGCUGCGCCGCCUUCUGCCAGGCGGCCGGCGACAAGGCGUCGCCCAACGUGGUGCUGCUGCUGUCUAGGGCGUGCCGUGACCUCGAGACCUCCACCGUCCACUACCUGAUGGACUACGUGGAUGACGUGCUGCACAUCGACGACAAGACCGGUCUGACGCCCGCCACCAGCCUGAACCAGGACAUCCACGAUGUCGGCCAGCAGCUUAUCAACCAUUAUGUGCGCGUGCAGGGCCUGGCCGUGUCCCAGAUGCUGCGCAAGUCUGUGUCCACCCGCGAUUGGCAGCACGCCGGCGAGCCGCGCUCGGUUCGCUCGGUGAUGAAGCGCGUGGUUGAGGAGCUGGCCGCAGUGGACGCUCAGGUGGGCACGCUGUACGAGGACGCCGGCCGCUGGGACCAGCACAACAGCUCCGACUCCAGCCGGCGUACCUUGCACGGUGCCGGACGGCAGCAGCGGCACGAAUGGUCCUCAUACGCGCCCAGCCAGGCCGACUCUGGCCUGGUGGCCAACAUCCAGAAGCUCUUCUCCGAGCGGAUCGAGAUCUUCGCGCCCGUCGAGUUCUCCAAGGCGUCCAUUCUGACCGGCAUCAUCAAGAUAUCGCUGAAGACUCUGCUGGAGUGCGUCCGACUGAAGACGUUCAACAAGUUCGGCUUGCAGCAAAUCCAGGUGGACGUCUACUACCUGCAGGUCAACCUCUGGAGAUUUGUCGCCGACGAUAAACUGCUGCACGGCCUGCUGGACGAGGUGCUGGGCUCAGCCAUACACCGCUGUCUUGAGCCCGUGCUGAUGGAGUUCUCCGUCAUCGAGGCGCUGUGCGACCGCGGCUAAGUACGGCGCACCGGCGGCUUGUACGGCCGGCGUCCGGACAGCUGGCUCUGCGCGCGCCGCAUCACACGGUGCCGCUGACUGAUGGCCCGCUCGGCCCGCAGCGCUGCGGUGCUGAGGUGGUCCCUGCAGUGCUGCGGUGCUGGGGUGGUCCCUGCAGUGCUGCAGCGCUGCGGUGCUGGGGUGGUCCCUGCAGCGCUGCGGUGCUGAGGUGGUCCUUGCAGUGCUGCGGUGCUGGAGUGGUCCCUGCAGCGCUGCAACGCUGCGGUGGUCCCUGCAGUGCUGCGGUGCUGAGGGGGUGGAGGGGUCCCUGCAGUGCUGCAGCGCUGCGGUGGUCCCUGCAGUGUUGCGAUGCGGGGGUGGUCCCUGCAGUGCUGCAGUGCUGAGGUGGUCCCUGCAGCGCUGCGGUGCUGGGAUGGUCCCUGCAGUGCUGCGGUGUCUGUUGCGGACUGCUCGGAAAGUGGGCGUACGUCCAAAAGUGUCGCAACGGGCGUCUGCUGGGCAGAUGAGCACAGUUGUCCGCCUGGCCAGGUCCACGUGACCUUGCGUGUGAUUGCCUUGGAGGCUGGCGCACCACCAUAAUUUGCAGGCAACGACGCCGCCUAAUAGUGGUCAUUAGUAUUGGACCAGGAAGUUCGCAUUCCAUCGAUGCGUUGCGGCCAGCUCGCAGGCGUCACGUCGGAGCGUGUUAUAAUUGGUGAUGUUAAAACUUCAGAUCAUUUCGUGUCAUAACGUGUUUUUGGUCACUCUUGCUCACUUGGGACAUGCUGCGGAUGUAUGGAUCCGCACAUGCCAUGUUAGGCAUGUUCUGCAUCGUUUAUAUCACGUCCGGUGUCCAGGAACGUACCAGCGUUGUUUUUUUAUCGAAGCAUGCUACCUACGCCUACAAGUGAUCUGUGACAUUUCCAGUUGUCGAGAGAUGGCUAUAUUGCGCCUGUUGUGUUGGUGUAUACUGUGUCGGUUUGAAACGCAUGGUUUGUCGAGCGUUUGCGGGUUUCGGUACAGGAAUUGAAGAAAAAGAUUCGACUUGUCUUCCAUCGAUAGAUGGAUUGACUUUUGAAGAAAAAUCUAUCUGCAAAUUCACUGCUGA